AUGUACACAAAAGAGCUCAUAAAGAAAUUUGGCAUGUCUAAUGCCAAAGCCACAGGGACUCCCAUGAGUCCAUCAACUACCCUUGAUGAAGAUAGAAAUGGUAAGAGUAUUGAUGAAACAAUGUAUCGAGGUAUGAUCGGAUCUCUACUCUAUCUUAUUGCAAGUCAACCUGAUAUCAUGUUUAGUGUCUGCAAGUGUGCAAGAUAUCUGAUAGGGACAUCUAACUAUGGACUAUGGUAUGAAAGCUUAAAUGUCUUUGAUCUCAAAGUUUUUUCAGAUGUAGACUUUGCAGGGGAUAAAAUUGUCCGGAAAAGCACAAAUGGAACGCGCCAAUUACUUGAAAAAUCUAUCUCUUGGCACAACAAGAAACAAAGUUAUGUUGCCUUGUCUACCACUAAAGCAGAAUACUUGGCCGUAGGCAACUGCUGCCCACAAAUUCUAUGGAUUAUGCGCCAACUUUUAGACUAUGAUUUGAAUCUCAAUUGUGUUCCAAUUAUGUGUGAUAACACUAGUGCGAGCACCUAA